AUGUCCCAGUCGCAUAUUUUUAAGCCCAUAUCUGUGUCACCUGAAUUUGAACCAAAGAGCAAUAGGAGAAGAAACAUGUCAAGGGUUUUCUUCUCCAAUCCUCUGAUGAGCGAUGUUGAAGCUGACUGGAGUCCCAUUCAUGAUGCGGCGUUCAACGGACGCACGCUGACGCUGAAAAGGCUCAUUGAGCAGGGUGCCUGCGUGAACCUGAGCACUUUGGAUGGGGCCUCCCCCCUCCAUGUAGCGUGUGUUGGAGGCCACGCGGCCUGCGCCAAGCUGCUACUGCAACACGGUGCUAAUGUCAACUGUCAGUCUUUAGAUGGCUCUCCCAUACAUGUAGCAGCAGCAAAAGGUUACCUAGAAUGCAUUGAGACUUUAGCGCAGCACUGCGCCGAUGUGGAUCUGAGCCUGGGUCGAUCUGGCACCCCGCUUCAUGUUGCCUGCAUUAAUCAGCAACUGAAUGCUGUCAAGAAGCUGCUAUAUCUUGGCGCCGAUGUGAAUAACUGUGCGCCGGGCGAGUCCCCUCUGCACGUGUCUGUGCGUACUCACAAUCCCGAGAUGGUGUCGGUUCUACUAGAGUACGGUGCCGACACCUCCCUGCGAAACUCGGACAGCAAACGGCCGGCGGAUCUGGCACACCCUGGCAGCGACGUGGAGAAGCUGCUCACUCAAAACCGAGGAAUCCCCACGCUGAUGCAGCUGUGCCGCCUACACAUCAGGACGGUUUUAGGCAAAAGAAGGUUGUGCAUCGUCCCUCACCUCCAAUUGCCCGCAUCACUCAAAAACUACCUUCUAUGGAGAUCCUGA